AUGAAGAGUUAUGGUCCAAGACUAUUCAUACAAAAAGAAAAUGUUUUUGUUGAAAGUGAAGAAGAAAAAAGAAAACAACAGAUUGUAUUUGAGUAUGAGAACAUCAUUAAGAAUAUCCCUAUAAGUCAAGUUGAAGUAAGUGAUAUGGUGUUUGAAGAAGAGAGUAUAGAUGCCGAAAGUUCUGAGAAACCAAUUUAUCAAUGCAACCAAACAGAGUUUAUGAGAGAAAAAACCAUUAACCAAAUUCAGGAUAAAGAAAAUGAUUAUUAUUCUUGUGUUUUAGAAGAAAAACCUCCAAUUAAAAGAGAAGAAAAACAGAAUCAACAGGUGGUUGUUAACCAGGAUAAAAUUAGUAUUUGUUACCCAACUAUCUCAGCUUCAAAUAGAAGAAAAAUAAAUAACAAACUUCCUUCUUUACUAAUAACUAAUGAAAUUCAAGACACAUCUUAUUAUUUUAUUUCAAAUAGAGAAACUCCCCCUCUUAUAUCAUUAUUAGCAUUAGCUGAGGGACUAGUGUUUGUAGUUCCCAGAUGGGUCUUUGUUUCAAGAAAAGCGGGGGUUAUUAAAAGUAUUAAAGGAUUUAAAAUAAAGAAAUUUGAAAAAGAGCCAACCAAAUUUGGCGUAAAACGUAAUUUUUUAAAGGAUAAGUUAGUGUAUGUUCAACCAAAUAAAGAUUCGGUUAUUCUAAAAAAAAUUGUCAAAGCGUGUGCAGGACACAAUGUAAAUUAUAGUAGUAUUUCAGAUUUGACCAUUGGUAUUUCACAAAACACCCUUUCUUUAAAAUGGCUGAGAAUGUGUAUUAUAAAAAAUUGUUUUAUACAACCUUCACUUGAUGACUUUAAUAAUUAA